AUGAUAACUUCUUUAAGUGUGCAAUUGUCCUUUUGAAACUUCUGUGGAGCAGUCUAAUGAUUCCAACUUUGUGUUAAACAUAACAGAUGUUGUUCAGAAUCUCAUUGAAAGGAAACAGGUCAUCGACGCUGUUAAAUUCAUGUGUGCCUUCAAGUUAAAUGGCAAGUUCUCGCCCGCACUACUCUUGAAAGAUUAUGUGGAGGAUGCACGAAAGUCAUACCGCACAAUAUGGCUGGAAGAAGAAUCACUUGAUGAAAAGGAUGAAAUUUUAGGCAACCAAAUAGCCGAGCUGAGAGAUCUGAUUCGAUACAUCAAAGACCACAACCUCGAGUCUGAGUUCCCGUUCAAGGACAUUGAAUCAGAGAUCGUUAAGCUGGAACAACUUAAGGAGAAUUCAGGAAGUUCAAUGCCAUCUGUUGUCCCCAAGGAUGAACCAGAGCACGAAAAAGGGAAGCGUAGAAGCAGCCGUUCAUCCAUCAGGACUGAACCGGAACAAUGCCGUAAAAGUAAACGUCUCAGGCAGAUGAAAGAGGAGCCAUGAUGGACAGUGUACAAUGUACAUCCUAGUUCCGAAAACCAUACCUGUACUGUGAACCUUGAAUCACCCCUUACUUUUGGUGACGGAAAAUUGACAGUUUGUCGUGAUAUGUAUCUAAUAUGACCAAAUUUUAGGCUCUUAGCUGGAGCAGGGCCACUGUCAAUUGUCAUCUUUUAUAUAAAAUAUCAACCACGCCUUGUCUGCAUUUAAGUACGACA